AUGGCUUCUGCGGCUUUUCCGGCUGCGGCCAGCCGCGCCCGAGCGUCUGCCGUCUUCGCAUCUUCUUUCGCGAGUGUCGGCAGUUCUGCGCGCUUCUUCUCGUCCUUCCUGCGGGCUUCGCGCCCUCGCCUAAACGCCACAACUCCUGUCGCCACGAAGGCCCUCGAGCGGAACGUUCCGAUGAAGGAGAUCCUCCAACCGCUCUGGGUGAUUGAGCCGCCCAACUUCCUCAGACAACCCGUGUGGAAACAGUUCUGGGAGGCGCAGUUCGCAAACCGCAGUUUUUUCUUCUUUGGCAACGCCUGGACCUCCGCUGCAGCCUUCGCCCUGUUCAUCUGGUGGAGCCGCGUGUUCGACCCUCCCCCCAAGGAGCGACUUGACCGCUACUGGCUAAACUCACCUAAAUUUCGCAUUCUCUCGGCGUUCCACAACCCUGGGAAGCGUCCAGGUCUGAAGAUCUCGCUGAUGACUUACGAGGCAAGGUACUGCUACCGGGGUUUGGACCAUCCGUUCACUCUGAACGAAGUGAAAGAUUUUCUCUUCAAGCUCAGAGAGCAGUACCUCGUCAACAAAUACGAAGGCAUCCAAUUCCCCUUCGUCUUCCGACAAUUCAACAGAGUCUCAACUCCGGGAACGCUCGAGGUUCACACUGCUCCGGCGCUGCAACAGCAGCCGCACUUCCACGAGCACUCAGGAGACGCUGAGCACCACUAA